GAAGAAGAUAAAAAGUGUUCCCUCUUCAACUGCGUUUACUCCCUCCAGACAGCAGACGGCGAUAUGUGUCUUUCAGGCGAGGUUUGUAGUGUGUCGUAUGAUCUAGUGGACGGAACGCUUCUUCAACAACUGCAGCCAUCUCGGUAGCUCGCUAGCCAACAAAGUCGGAACAUUCAAGUUAUUUAGACAAUUUCGUGGUUUAAUUGCCACUAUGAUUUAAACAUACUUAUGUGGAAACAACUAGCUACCCCAUUUGAUGUAAUAUUUACGUUGUAAGUCAACUACCUGGCUGGUUAAGUUAGCACUAGUCUAGUCGCUAAUGCUAACUAGCUAUUAUCCCCGACCAUGAGCUCACUAAGCUACUCUCCUCUUGUUAAAGAAGAGGAAAUCUGCUUUACGGAGAAAGAGGGUCUGUGGCUGAACGUUGUCGUGAAAGAGGAUGAGGAGGAUGUCACAAUACAAAAACAAGUAGAGGUUGAGGCUGUUACCGUGAAAGAAGAGAAAGACGCAUUCAGAGUGAAAGAGGAGGAAGGUGUUACUGUGAAGGAAAAGGAGGAAGAUGCCGUUUUUGGAGUGGAUGAUGAAAAGGGGGAGAUUACUGUCACGUUAGAGGAAGAAGAGAAGACUGGAGAACUGAUUAACACCAGUAAAUACAGAGAGAGACGGGACUAUUGUGGAUCAGCUGGGGAGCCUCAACAACAUCAUGAUGCUGAUGAGGCAGAGAAAAGUCUCUCCAUAUCAGAACACCUCAAGAAACACCAGCAGAGACCCACAGGGAAGAAAUCUCACUGCUGCUCUGACUGUGGGGAAAAAUUCAACUCUUCAGUAAAACUUAAAAUGCAUCAAAAAAUUCACACAGGAGAGAAAUCUUACGGCUGUGAUCAAUGUGGGAAGAGUUUUACUCUGCUACAAACCCUGAAAUCACACCAGAGAACACACACAGGAGAGAAACCUUAUAGCUGUGUUCAAUGUGGGAAGAGUUUUACUACAUCUAGCAAUCUAACUAUACACCAGAGAACACACACAGGAGAGAAACCAUAUAGCUGUGAUCAAUGUGGGAAGAGUUUUAAUACAUCUAGCUAUCUAACUAUACACCAGAGAACACACACAGGAGAGAAACCUUACGGCUGUGAUCAAUGUGGGAAGAGAUUUAUUCUGCUACAAACCCUGAAAUCACACCAGAGAAUACACUCUGGAGAGAAACCUUUUGGCUGUUAUCAAUGUGGGAAGAGAUUUACUCAGCUAAGCAUCCUGAUAGUACACCAGCGCGGACACACAGGAGAGAAACCUUUUAGCUGUGAUCAAUGUGAGAAGGGUUUUACUACAUCUAGCUGUCUAACUAUACACCAGAGAACACACACUGGAGAGAAACCUUAUGGCUGUGAUCAAUGUGGGAAGAGUUUUACUCAGCUAAGCAACCUGGUAGUACACCAGAGAACACACACAGGAGAGAAACCUUAUAGCUGUGAUCAAUGUGGGAAGAGUUUUACUACAUCUAGCUGUCUAACUAUACACCAGAGAAUACACACAGGAGAGAAACCUUAUGGCUGUGAUCACUGUGGGAAGAGUUUUAUUGGGCUACAAACCCUGAAAUCACACCAGAGAAUACACACGGGAGAGAAACCUUAUAGCUGUAAUCGAUGUGGGAAGAGUUUUACUACGUCUAGCUGUCUCACUAAACACCAGAGAACACACACGGGAGAGAAAUCUUUUGGCUGUGAUCAAUGUGGGAAGAGUUUUUCUCACCCAAGCAGCCUGAUAGUACACCAGCGGACACACACAGGAGAGAAACCUUAUAGCUGUGAUCAGUGUGGGAAGAGUUUUUCUACAUCUUGCUAUCUAACUAUUCACCAGAGAACACACACAGGAGAGAAACCUCAUAGCUGUGAUCAAUGUGGGAAGAGAUACUCUGAUAAAAGAUCUCUGAUUAAACAUCAGAAAAUACAUACAUGAAGGAUUUGUUUCAUGAUAUCAAUGAAAUAAUGUCACAAUGUAGAAUGUUUUAACAUUGUAGAAGGAGUAUUUGAAUGAAUGUCAAAAUGUAGAACCCUAAACGUUUGUCCCCUGUUCAGUUGAUAUUAGGCACAGCAGGAAAAAUCUAGACCCUGAAUUGAAAGAGUACUAUUUAUUUAACAAAAAGUGACAAAAAAAAUUGUGUUACACUUACCACGUUGGUGACCGACUUGAAUCAAAACGCAACACUUCAACAUGUUUAGGUUUUCAGUAUAUCCCAAACUGUUUCUGCAUAUUGGUUAUUGAUUUGGACACGUUAAAACUGUGUUUUGACAUUGCGCUAUUCCAGUUUAGCAAAUGUCAUUGAAAAGACGUUGAAAAUAAGACUUUGCCCGACUUCCAAUAUAUGUUCGGUUGUAGUUUUCGGGAUGUUUUUUCAAUUACUUAAUUUCAACAUACUUGCAGCCUAAACACAUGGACGCAGUAUAAUAAAUUGGUAUAUAAUCAAUUGUAUUAACAAUCUUACAUCUUACAUUUAGCACGUAUAGCAUCUUGCAUUUAGCACGUAUAUACAUCUUACAUUUAGCACGUAUAGCUCGUUAGCACGUAGGACGCACUGAUUGGUGUCACCUCAUUAGUCAGUAUGUGUUACACCUGUGCUGGCUUGUCCAUCUCGUUAGUGGGAAGGUGUUUCACCUGAGCUGGUCCAGAUUCUAUUUAAGAGUGUCUGGCCCAGUGCUCUAGUUGUCUUGAUAGAUGUGGUGAGUCAACACCUUUAGUUGCGCUACCGUUUUGGUUUGCUUCCUGUCUUUAAGUUUGAUGUGGGUUUUUCUUUUGUUUUCCUCUUCUUUGGCAGAUUUGGUGGGUGACUUAUGUCCCAGUUGUUGUUACUAGUCAACUUUCAGUGGAGACUGAGAGCAAAACUGCAAGAUUAUGUUAUAAUACUUUUGUUGCAUCAACUGGUUGUUUUAUGCAACAUAAUAGAGAGUUCUUAGAACUAUUGUGUCUGUGUGUUCUACUUAGGAUGGGCCUCUGGGAGAUAACACUGACAGGAGAUUUACAAUGUCUUUUGGGUGAUAAAACCUAAAGAGACCGCAUUCCAGAGCAUGAGUUAAUGUUUCUGUUCUAUAUGGUACCAGGGAGAGAUGACCUCAGGGCCAGACCCUGGUCUCUACACAAAGAGUACUGUUUUUACAGAUACUGUCUGCUGAGAAUUAUAGGUAUCUUUCAUACAAAUCUUAAUCUUGUGACCCGUUCUAUAACAUCUGCUGUUCUAUACAUCUAUUGUUCGUCAUGUAGGUUGAAAGGAGAGUAUCUUGGUUAUAAAAGACAUUUGUACUUUUGUCUCUGGGCUCUCAACGAAUCAUCUGGGGGUGAUUUGCCGACCAGCCGUCUUUAUCGUAGAGCACUUAAUUGAUUAACUUUAUGUUUGUGUGUUGUAUUGACCUGCUCCCUAAUUAAUACGUGAAUAAAGAUUUAGUUUAAGAAUAA